CCAUUUAUGCCCCACUGGGAGCCAAGAAGGGGAACUUGACUGGCUCCUGGUCUUUUCUCUCAAACCCUCCCCACAAGGCCUUUGAGGUCAGAAUUCUGUGACCCAUUUUAUGGGGGCUUGAUGUCACCCAGCCUGUCGCUGUAUGUGUCACUGUGGUCUUCCAAGAUGGCAUGCUGACUCAGCGCCCCCAGCUCCAAGGCCCGGCCCUUCUUCCUUCUGGCUUCUGGAAGGGCCAGAAGACAAGGUCAGCAGAGCCAUCCACCACCCCGCCCUCCCCAGCUGGUGGGGGAGAAGGAGUCUCACCCCCAUUUACAGGCCAAGGUCACUCCACCCAGCCUGGCACAAUGGGGAGGAAAAAAAUCCAGAUCUCACGCAUUCUGGACCAAAGGAAUCGGCAGGUGACAUUUACGAAGCGGAAGUUCGGGCUGAUGAAGAAGGCGUAUGAGCUGAGCGUGCUCUGUGACUGUGAGAUCGCCCUCAUCAUCUUCAACAGCGCCAAUCGCCUCUUCCAGUACGCCAGCACAGACAUGGACCGCGUGCUCCUGAAGUACACGGAGUACAGCGAGCCCCACGAGAGCCGCACCAACACCGACAUCCUCGAGACACUGAAGAGGAGGGGUGUGGGCCUCGAUGGACCAGAGCUGGAGCCAGAUGAAGGGCCUGACGGGCCAGGAGAGAAGCUGCGGAGGUUGGCAGGUGACGGGGGUGACCCAGCCUUGCCCCGGCCCCGGCUCUAUCCUGCAGCCCCUACGAUGCCCAGCCCGGACAUGGUAUAUGGGGCCCUGCCUCCCCCAGGCUGCGACUCAAGUGGGCUUGGGGAGGCCCUUCCUGCCCAGAGCCGCCCAUCCCCUUUCCGGCCAGCAGCCCCCAAAGCUGGGCCCCCAGGCCUGGCACACCCUCUCUUCUCAACGAGCCACCUUGCCAGCAAGACACCACCGCCCCUGUACUUAGCAGCGGACGGGCGGAGGCCGGACCUGCCUGGAAGCCUGGCGGGGGCCCGAGGGGGACUGAGCACCUCAAGAGGCCUCUACGGUAGCCUACAGAGUCCAUGCUCCGCCACAGCUCCAGGACCCCCACUCGGGAGUUUCCCCUUCCUCCCGGCAGGUCCCCCAGAAUUUGGUCUGGGAGACCCCCCUCCGCCCCCUGGCCUGCUGCAGCCCCCCACCCUGGCCCCCUGGCAGCAUUCGAGGGGUGAUGGGCCCCCAGCCGCCCCACCCCAGCCCAGUGGGAGCCGUAGCCUGAGUGAGGAGGGUCCCCCCGCCCGUGGCGCCUCCCCGCCGACCCCCCCAGUCAGCAUCAAGUCCGAACGCCUGUCGCCGGCCCCCGGGGGCCCCGGCGACUUUCCCAAGACUUUCCCCUAUCCCUUGCUCCUGUCACGGCCCCUGGCAGAGCCCCUACGGCCCGGGCCCCCCCUGCGCCGGCUGCCCACAGCCGACGGCUGGGCUCGAUAGUGGACCCAGGGAUGACACCAGUCCUUCCUCCCACGCAGGGCUGGGUGAGGGCACGUGGGGUCCCAGUCUCCCUCCCCGCCUCGU